UAACCUAUAAAUAAAUAGGGCUUGCUUCAUAAAACUAGGGUUUUCUCGCUAAACGCUUUGUUGUUGAUUGUCCGGCAGUCGAAUUUCCAGCCAAAAUGCCAUCACACAAGACCUUAAGGAUUAAGCUGAAGUUGGGAAAAAAGAUGCGCCAGAACAGGCCGAUUCCUCACUGGAUCCGUCUUCGUACUGAUAAUACUAUCAGGUACAACGCAAAGCGUAGGCAUUGGCGCCGUACAAAACUAGGGUUUUGAUCUACUACUGGAAUCUUCUCCUACUUUGUCAUUUUUUUUAUCUAGCUGAUUCGAAAGACAAUGAUAUUAUAAUGAUGUUUUUGUUUUUUCAUGUUUGAAAUAUUUACUUCAUAAUUAAAUAGAUGGUUACUUCAUUUCUUUUCAUAUU